GGCAUAAGAUUGCAAAUUCUGGACAAAACACUAUUCCAGUCAUUCAUUCAAUGCCUCAUUUCAACAAUUGUCUCAAUUUGAAUGUGAGUCAACUCUUGCCACAUAUACUGUCCUAUAUGUUUGUCGGUCACAAAGUAACUGAUCCCAAGCGACACGAGUCCGAAACCGACGUAACUGAUCCCAAAAGAGUGACCGAAAAAGAAUUAACUCAUUUGAACCAUAAGAUUGACAAACUCCUAAUCAAACUCGAAGAUGAAAACGAUCCCCAAUUGGCGACAUCACCGGAUGAAGAGAUUCUUCGGCUCAAACAGACAAGUCAUGGCGGACUUAAUACGGGACAUGUACUCAGGAGUGCCCGCAGUUAUGCAAACACUAAUCCAUUCUAUAUAUCUCCGGCCAGUAGUCCUGUCUCUCCUGUCACUGAAGUAUUCCGUGAACAGAGAUCUGUAUUUGUGAGGCAUUACGUCGAGUUUGGUUACGAUCCCAAUGGACAGAGUCCUGUCUCCAGCCCUUGUGAGGUGUUUUCAAGAUCUGGUGGAUCUAAUUGUGUGCUCCAUAAGCACUGUAUUGAAAAGGCCACAAAAGAGUCGACUACCGAUUUAGACUCAAAUGCCACUUCUCUGCCAAACACAUCCAGUUCCUCAUCACAUGAAUGUGGGUCUAAAAUAAGCGGAACACCAUUUCAAUGGCAUUUUAACCGCAAACGCAAAUACAGUCGAAGCCUACAUCGACGUCGUGGUACUAAAUCUGGUCAGCGAUCCAACUCUUCGCGACCCAACUCUCUUCUGCUGCCAAUCGAUGAAAGAGAAGAAUUGCAAGAAUUGUUUCAAACGCCAAACGCUAAUGAUUUGACUCAAACCACUGAAAGCGAAACCUCUUUCUCGUCGUCGACAGAGAACGUGGAGACGGACCACAAAUGUGACACCAAAUCGACAACUCCUUCCAGCUCUUCGUUGUCCUCUCGAUUGUCCAGAACUUUCAUGAGAGCGAAGAAAUGGAUGAAAAGGGAUAAUAUAGCGCACAGACAGACCCAGAGUUGAGUCCUC